AUGCCAGGCUCUUGCGUUGUUCCACGGCACCUACUAUUACCCAGGCGAUAUUUCAGUUCCUGCCGCAUCACCCGUUCACGCAAUGUCCCUGUCUUGUGGAGACCUACUCCUGAAGCCCCCGAUAAUGCUACCGCUCUCCAUAUUGGCCCAUUCAAUUUCGGCAUGUCCGUCAUAGAAAACAUGCCUCGUUUUCGCCAUCUCGAACACAUUCAGUUCGAAAAAUACACGAUGGCGUAUUUUGACGACCGACGGUUAACAGACAUAUUAUCCCGGAGCUCAAUCAAAAGCGCCUCCUUUACUUCAUCGAUAUUUCGUACCCAACAGCAUUUUUAUAGUUUUCUACGCCUUUUUCCGAUGCUGGAGGAGCUAUCCUGCAUAGAUCUACAUUUCAAGAAAAGGCCUCGGGCACAUGAAAUAGUUGAGGUUCGGUCCAUUGGACCAUCGCUUCGUCAGGUCAUGGUUGAUAGUGGAGACCUGUGGCAAGCAGCUUUAGACGGAUCAAGGUUCGGUCCCAUUGAUAAGCUGCAAAAAGUCACUAUCGUGGGCGUCGGACUUGACGAUCUUGCCAAGGUUGCUCAGUUCCUUCGGAAAACAAAAAACACCCUGGAAGAGUUUUCUAUGGGCCAUUUGCAUAUCUUAGGCCAUAAGCACAGCAUUCACGUGCGUUGGAAGUCCAAGCGUGAACCUUUGAUGCUCUCGCAUUUAAGGAACCUUACUGUCGACAUACAUGGGAAGGAAAGGUUCACAGGACUUCCAGACACAGAUAUCGUGAUAAGAUGGUGGCUGUCCAUGUUGCAGGAUAUGGCUAACGCGAAUGAAGCACACCGUCUCGAGAACCUCACAAUCAUUGUGGGAAUAAGCCGCUCGAUAAGUUAUAUCCAGCAAAAUGGAGGGGCGUCGUGGCAGGAAUUUGAUCGUUGCCUUACAAAAAAACAAUUUUCUGCAUUCAAGUCCUUCCACGUCGUUAUCAAAGUGUUUUCGCCAAUGCAGUUGAGAAGCGUUAACUAUCGGAAGCAGAUGAUAUUGGACAAUUGUCCCCGACUGCAGGAGAAGGGGAUGAUUGACGUCGUGGUUCAAUCUGUGGAUUUACCGGAAGAGUCUGUCGGCUAG